AUGGAAGCCGAUAAUGAAGAAGAGAACUUCUAUGCCAUUAUUAGGCAACCUCCAAGUGCUCCCAUGCCUGAGAUAUACGAUACUGUUCCAGUAAAGAUCCAAAUUGAACAAAAGGCCAAUGAGAAGACCAAGAAGUCACAAUACAGUGUCACUAACUUCAGAGGACAGUACUAUGUCUACCCUUUUUUCGUUUGCAACAUUCCUGGAAUUGUAAGUUCUGGGUAGGGCAUGUCAAAAGAGUAGAGUAGGGUAAGGAAAAGAAAGUUAGGGAAUAACAGAGUAAGAAAGGGCAGGGGAAAUUGAGGAAGGGUAGGGUAAGUAGGGCGAUGUCAAGAAGGGUAAGGCAACGCAAAAAAGUCAGGGCAUAACAGAGCAAAGUAAGGUAGGGCAAGAUACCGUAAGGUAGGGUAGGCAUACCCAAGUGAGGUAUAGUAGGGUAGGGCAAAAAAAAGAAAGCCAGGGCAUGGCAGAGCAAGAUAGUGUAAAAGUAGGGCAGAACAGGAUUGGGGAACAGGGCAGGGUAUAGUAAGGUAGGGUUGAGUAAGAGCAGGGCUGAUUAGGGUAGGGUAGGAUGGCGUAGGAAAAGUUAGAAUUAGGCAGGAUAGGGUAGGGUAGGGUAGGGUAAGGUAGGGUAGGGUAGGGUAGGGUAGGGUAGGGUAGGGUAGGGUAGGGGUAGGGUAGGGUAGGGUAGGGUAGGGUAGAGUAGGGUAGGGUAGGGUAGGGUAGGGUAGGGUAGGGUAGGGGUAGGGUAGGGUAGGGGAGGGUAGGGUAAGGUAGGGUAGGGUAGGGUAAGGUAGGGUAGGGUAGGGUAGGGUAGGGUAGGGUAGGGUAGGGGUAGGGUAGAGCAGGGUAGGGUAGGGUAGGGUAGGGUAGGGUAGGGUAGGGUAGGGUAGGGUAGGGGUAGGGUAGGGUUAGGGUAGGGUAGGGUAGGGUAGGGUAGGGUAGGGUAGGGUAGGGUAGGGUAGGGUAGGGUAGGGUAGGGGAGGGUAGGGUAAGGUAGGGUAGGGGUAGGGCAGGGUAGGGUAGGGCAGGUUAAGGUAGGGUAGGGUAGGGUAGGGCAGGGCAGGGUAGGGCAGGGUAGGGUAGGGCAGGGUAGGGUAGGGUAGGGGUUAGGGCAGGGUAGGGUAGGGCAGGGUAGGGCAGGGUAGGGUAGGGCAGGGUUAGGGCAGGGUAGGGCAGGGUAGGGUAGGGGUAGGGCAGGGUAGGGUAGGGCAGGGUAGGGCAGGGUAGGGUAGGGUAGGGUAGGGGGAGGGUAGGGUAAGGUAGGGUAGGGUAGGGUAAGGUAGGGUAGGGUAGGGUAGGGUAGGGUAGGGUAGGGUAGGGUAGGGUAGAGUAGGGUAGGGUAGGGGUAGGGUAGGGUAGGGUAGGGUAGGGUAGGGUAGGGUAGGGUUAGGGUAGGGGUAGGGUAGGGUAGGGUAGGGGUAGGGUAGGGUAGGGUAGAGUAGGGUAGGGUAGGGUAGGGUAGGGUAGGGUAGGGUAGGUUAAGGUAGGGUAGGGUAGGGUAGGGUAGGGUAGGGUAGGGUAGGGGUAGGGUAGGGUAGGGUAAGGUAGGGUAGGGUAGGGUAGGGUAGUGUAGGGUAGGGUAGGGUAAGGUAGGGUAGGGUAGGGUAGGGUAGGGUAGGGUAGGGUAGGGUAGGGUAGGGUAGGGUAGGGUAGGGUAGGGUAGGGUAGGGUAGGGUAGGGGUAGGGUAGGGUAGGGUAGGGUAGGGUAGGGUAGGGUAGGGUAGGGUAGGGAGGGUAGGGUAGGGUAGGGUAGGGGUAGGGUAGGGUAGGGUAGGGUAGGGUAGGGUAGGGUAGGGUAGGGUAGGGUAGCGUAGGGUUUUUACUUUGCAAAUUUUUAGGUAUUUCUUCGCCUGCUAGCCCUAAUAAACGUUGAAGUAGCGGGACUAGGUUUCCUUUUAGCCGAUGACUGGCACAGAAACAUCCGCAACCGCGAAAGAUGCAUUUUUCAACCUGUUGCCGGCUACAAACUUUUCCAACAAGUUUGUGAUAAGAACAACGUGUUUUACUAUAGAUGAACGAAUUGUUAUAUGCAAUUCAAUUGUUUGCUGCUAUUCAUUGUCUGUUGUAUGCCAUUUUCAAAAAGACCAUCACCAGGGCUGAAAAUCUGCCUUAUCUUAACGUAAGUUGCGAAUGAGUGGCAAGAACUUUUUUUACAAAACAAAAAAUGGCAAGAACUUUCUUUACAAAGCAAAAAAUGGCAAGAGCUUUCAGUUUUUUGGAAUACCAUACUCAAUCUUCUGGAUAAUAUUCGAAGGUUACCGUGUUGUUUUCCCACCAGACAUAAUAAUUUUGGUGCAGAACCUUCUCGGUUACUUCGUUACGACAAAUGUAGCCAGCUAUAUUGACAGUGAAUUUUGUGUUUGGUUACCCAAAAUUGACAAGUCUAAAGUGGCAGUGCCUGUGGUGGAAAGAAAGUUUUUCAUUUGGCGUUUGGGUCUUGUGGAUCUUUGGAAAAGACAAGAGGAUAAGUGUGUUACGGUAAGUCGAAUUUACUUUAUCCUACCCUACCCUACCCUACCUUAACCUACCCUACCCCACUUUACCCUACCCUACCAUAGACAUGAGGAACAGGUCGCGUCUAACACUCAAGCCCUGCUCGAUCUAAAUUUCGCUCAAGGGCGGCCCGGCCCAUAUUUGUCUUUACGUGCCAACGGGCCGGGCUUCUCAGUCCGGGUGUUGAUUUUAAGACUUGAUCUAUAUUUGGGUUAAGGCCGGCUUGGCCCGUUUCUUAUGUCUACCGUACCAUACCCGAUUCUAUCUUACUCGUCCCUGCCCUACCGCACCCUACACUACCAUACCCCACCCUACCCGACUCUAUCUUACCCUAUCCUACAAAAACCUGUCCUACCGCAUCUUACUCUACCGUAUCUUACACUACCAUACUCUGCUUUACUUUUUUCAACACAAACAAUUUUGUAGUUCUUUGGAGUGCUCUGUGCCACUAUUGACUACGGUAUAAUGAAUAUUUUUCUAAUUGUAUUAUACGACAAUGGACAUGCACAUCCUUUCAACUUUUGGACAUUGCUUACAAUCGUAUCUUGUAUUGAAUGGAAAACGUUUGUCGGUUUUCGAUUGGAUGGGUUUAAGCAUAUCAAAGUAAGUUUUACGAGAGGAUAGGUUAAGGUAAUUCUUUUUAAAGAAAGCUAGGGUAAAGGAGUGCAGGGUAGAGUAGGGUAAGAUAGGAAAAAUUAAGGUGGGAAAGGAUGAGACAGCAUAGGGUAGGAUAAAUCAGGGUACACUAGAGUAAGAUAACAUAGUAUAAAAUAGGAUUAUGUAGGAUAGAGCAAGGUAAGACAUAUUAUUAUAGAGUAAAAAGGAUAAAGACAAGAACAACAUGUUAAUCUAGGGAAAGGUGGUUUAAUGUUGAAAAAAUUCAGGUAUAGUUGGGCGGGGUAGAAAAAAAAGUUAGGGUAUGCCAAUAUUAAUGAAACCAAUCAAUUUCAGCUGUACCAAAGUGUGUUAUGUUUUGGCUUGGCCAUUUGGUAUCUGAUAUUGAAAAACUCUGAGCCUGCACUUUAUUACUUGUUAAUGUCUGGUGCUUCAGGGUGUUUGGCUCUAAUCGAAAUCAUGUUCUACUUUCAACUCCAAACACUUCUCAAAACCUGA